UUCUCCUGUAACUGUAACCUCGCUCGGUUGCAAAAUCUCUCUCUUUCUCUCUCUCUCUCUCUCUCUCUCAUAUAUUCACUCAACUUUUUCUCCAGCUUGUAAGUCCGGUUAGUCGGAAACAACCAACAAUGGCGGCACCGGAGGUGUUGUUCGGAGUGAUGAACAACUUCUACCUAGGCGCGCAUCAAGCGGCGGUCAACAUCAGCGCCGACCUCUCAAACCUCUCCCUGGAAGAAGCCGUCGAGAGGGAUUGCUUCGUCUUCCGAUCCUACAUUGCCCUUGGUGCCCACAAGAUUGUGAUCGAUGAGAUCGAUUCGGCAGCGGCGACGCCCCUCCAAGCCGUCAAACUUCUCGCAUUAUAUAUCUCCUCUCCUGAUAACAAGGAAACAACAAUUUCAAGUCUUCGUGAGUGGUUGGCUGAUCCAGUUGUUGGAAGCAAUCCAAUCUUGAGGCUUAUUGCUGGGAUAGUUUUUAUGCACGAACAGGACUAUAGCGAAGCUUUGAAACACACUAGUGUUGGAGGAACCAUGGAGCUGCAUGCACUGAAUGUCCAGAUAUUCCUCAAGAUGCACAGAUCAGAUUAUGCUGAGAAACAAUUAAGGCUCAUGCAACAGAUUGAUGAGGACCAUACACUAACUCAGCUUGCAAAUGCAUGGCUAGACUUGGCUGUGGGUGGCUCGAAGGUACAGGAAGCAUAUCUUAUCUUCCAAGAUUUUUCUGAGAAGUAUCAGAUGACAAGUUUGAUUCUAAAUGGAAAGGCUGUGUGCUGCAUGCAUAUGGGGAACUUUGAUGAAGCUGAGUUACUAUUACUUGAAGCACUGAACAAGGAUGCUAAGGAUCCUGAAACACUGGCUAAUCUAGUUGUAUGCAGCCUUCACCUUGGGAGAUCAUCUUCCCGCUACUUGAACCAGCUGAAAAUGUCACACCCAGACCACCUGCUCAUCAAGCGCGCAUCAUCUGCAGAAGAGAGCUUUGAUCGAGCUGUUCAAGCAAUUGCUUGAAGAAUUUUUGGCUUAUAACCAAAGAGGCAACUCUUUUUUGUUGAAGUGUUUGUCCUCUUGGCUACUAUAUUCUUUUUUGCAGGCUUCAAGAACCUAUAUUCUGGAUGAGAAAAUAAUAUUUGGUGAAAAUAUUUCUCUGGGAGUUUGAUUACAUAGUUUUCUUUUUCUUUUUUGUUGAUUGAAUUUACAUAGUUUCAAUCUGCUCUUUUUUUUUUUCCUUCUGACUUCUGCAUUGUCAGAUAAAGCAUUGUUUGAUGGACUCGAUUGUGAAAUGUUCAUCUAAAUUACACUUCAUCUGUUCAUGGAACUGUUGUAUAUGAUUCUUGGCACUAAAUGUAUAAUUGGUCUUGCCUUUUUUGG